CUGACCGAGUGUUUCCAUCGAAAUUUUGCGAAUACACGAAACACGGAACACUUCCUCUAAGUAUUUAGCUUUCUUCUAGAUGAUGAGUGGUUCAGAUGAACUUUCAGAUAGUAAUGUCAAAAAGGAUGACGGAAAUUCUGGAUAUGAAAAUCCCAUGAGUGGAACUCGCGCCUGCCAGCGAGAUGCCAAUCUAGGAGGCCAACGAUUCAGUGUCGAGCAAGUACGCGGUAAAAUGAGGGAAGAGAAACACUCUCCGGUAGACCCUUCAUGUUCUUCGCCUACCAAAGAGAAUAACGAUGGUCUUUACAGCCAAGGGGGGACGAUUGGUUAUGCCACGAACGAAGCUAUUCCCAUGACAGUAUUUUAUCGUAACGAACACACGCAAACCGGUCAAAAGCAGUAUAGGCCAACCAUACAAGAAUUACAGAAGGGCUUUGAAGAUGACACCGAUCAACAGUACGAAGAGCUGCCGGAAAAGUUGGAGAACGGGAAAUCUCACCGGAGCAACACAGACGUGAAGGUACACGGCGACGCGGUCAAAAUGGCGCCCAAGUUCGGCUGGUUGAAGGGCGUAAUGCUACGCUGCCUCCUUAACAUCUGGGGGGUGAUGCUUUUCUUGAGACUCACGUGGGUCGUCGGACAGUCCGGCAUUAUCUGGUCCACCGUCAUCAUUAUCCUAUCAGCGCUUGUUACCACGGUAACCACCUUAUCCAUGUCCGCAGUGUGCACCAAUGGAGAAGUGAAAGGAGGUGGUGCAUACUACUUGAUAUCUCGGAGCUUGGGCCCAGAGUUCGGGGGCUCUAUUGGUCUCAUAUUCUCCCUCGCUAAUGCUGUAGCAGUAGCUCUGUACGUGGUGGGCUUCGCCGAGACCGUGCGGGAUAUACUGCGAGAGAAUGGUUCCCUGAUAAUCGACGAAGUGAAUGACAUUCGUGUUAUCGGUGUUAUCAGCGUCCUUGCUCUCUUGGCCGUCACUCUAAUCGGCCUUGAAUGGGUGGUUCGCACUCAGAUGGUUUUACUAGGAAUCCUACUCAUAUCCAUCGUUGACGCCAUAGUUGGCUCAUUCAUCGGGCCCCAAGACAAGCUGAGCGUAGCACAAGGCAUUGUAGGGCUCAAUGCCAAGACCUUCACCACAAAUCUCUUGCCAGACUAUCGCCCGGGUGAACACUUCUUCUCGGUCUUUGCCGUGUUCUUUCCGGCGGCCACUGGGAUCCUCGCAGGGGUCAAUAUAUCAGGGGACCUCAAGGACGCUCAAAAAGCGAUCCCUAAAGGCACAUUGUGGGCUAUUCUAUUAAGCACCCUUGUCUAUAUCGCCCUCGCCUGGUUGGCCGGGGCUUGUAUCCUCAGAGACGCGAGUGGCUUUGUGGAGACCGUCGUUAAUGCGACUGCCAAUGUUACCAUGGCAACCCCACCAUCAUGCCCAGGCUCUGGCUGUCUCUACGGCCUCAUCAAUGAUUACCAGGCGAUGGAGAAAAUGUCUGCGUGGGGACCCCUGGUGACGUGCGGGAUUUUCGCCGCCACUCUAUCUUCAGCCCUUGCAAGUCUGGUCGGGGCCCCCAAGACAUUCCAGGCCCUGUGCAAGGACAACAUUUUCCCUUAUAUUGGGUAUUUCGGCAUUGGCGUAGGGCCUGGUGAGGAGCCAAGGCGUGGUUACAUCCUUACCUUCAUUAUCGCUGUUGGAUUUGUUGCCGUUGGCAACCUAAACGUCAUUGCUCCGGUCAUAUCGAACUUCUUUCUCAUGUCAUACGCUCUGAUUAACUACGCGGUGUUUGCGGCGUCUCUGGGGAGGUCCCCAGGAUGGCGACCCUCGUUUAGGUACUAUAAUAUGUGGGUGUCGCUAGUAGGGGCGCUGCUAUGUGUAGCUAUCAUGUUCCUCAUCAACUGGUGGGCCGCCCUGGUGACUAUUGCUAUAAUUGCCUCGCUACAUAAAUACGUGGAUAUCAAAAAACCCGAGGUGAAUUGGGGCUCCAGUGCGCAGGCGUUCACUUACAUCCAGGCCCUUCGCUUUGCCUACCGAUUGAAUAACACUGAAGACCACGUGAAGAACUUCCGGCCGCAGUGCUUAGUCCUGACGGGCGCACCCUCGUCACGUCCUAACCUCACCUACAUCGUGUCUCAGAUCACAAAGAAUGUGGGUCUGAUGGUGUGUGGUCAAGUAAACGUGGGUAGCCUGUGUCAGGUGAAGUCCGAGAAGGAUUGGUUGAGAGAGCGCAAGAUCCGAGCCUUCCACACCGUAUGCUCAGCCGCGUCUCUACGGGAUGGUGUUCAAAGUCUGCUGCAGACUGCAGGUCUUGGUAAACUCAAACCAAACACUUUGGUCAUCGGCUUUAAGCGUAAUUGGAUGCGAGCGCCUCACUCGGAAGUGGAGGAAUACGUGAAUAUCAUCAACGACGCCUUUGAACUCAACUAUGGUGUAGCUAUACUGCGCGUGCGCGAAGAGUUCGACAUUGACGACCUGGACGAUGGCGACGACUGGAUGGAAGACGACGACGAGUUGUACAACAAAAGCCAGACGAGCCGAGGGAAAGAAAGUCUGUCGGUUAGGAUGGACCCAGAUAGUGGAAGUUCCGACAAAUCCCGCUCUCGCAACGUGCGCAUCUUCCACGUGCAGCGACCGCUGACCCCCGAGAGCACGAGCCUGCUAGCCGAGCCGCCGACCGAGAUCGAAGCAGAAGACGACAGCUCCCUGUGCGAGAGCUACAAGAGAAAAAGCGGUGGUGAUGAUUGGACAAGCGGGCGGUCGGAAUCGGCCAGUGUGGGCGGCAAAAUGACAAGCGACAUUGAUUUCGAGUUCACCAGUGGGACACAUUGCGAAAGCGAAGUGUCCGACGAUUCGGAUGUCCGGUUAAGGAACAAGAGCAAACACCUGGCGAUUGAAACGGAUUUCCCCAGCAGCAGUAUGAAAGGAGAGGUUGGCUCCUUGGCUACCGAGCUGUCUGGGCCGACAGUCGACAUGGACUAUCCUAGCAGCAGUACUCGCGUGGAAAUAGGGUCUUUGACCACCAUCGAUACCCGAGACAGGUAUGGGAGCACGAUCAGUCAGACCGAGCCUUCCGAAGGCAACGAAAGCCAAAGUUUCACUUUAAGUAACGACAGGCCAAGCCAGACCCCUCCCACUUCGCUCAAGCACUUCCCAGGGGACGAGCGGACCCCUCCCACGUCGCUCAAGCACGUCCCAGGGGACGAGCAGACCUCUCAGGUGAGAUUCAGCUCGGAGCCGUCCUCAACACUUCGUAGUGUCACCUUCAAGGGCAAGCAGAAGGGCACCGUAGACGUAUGGUGGCUAUUUGACGACGGCGGGCUGACGAUCCUCAUUCCCUACCUGCUAACCCUUCACAGUCUAUGGAAAGGCUGCAGGUUGAGAAUCUUCACGCCGGGAUCGAGUAACAUUAAGAACAAUGAGAUCCGCAUGGCCAACCUGCUGAAGAAGUUCCGCAUUGACUUCUCGAGUAUCGAGGUAGUACACGGCAUUGACAAAGCGCCAUCCAACAAAAGCGUACAGGAUUUCCGGCGCUUGCCGAUCAAAGAAGAACUUGAUGAAGGUGUGCAGUUAGACAAACGAAUCCUUCGGCAAAUACGUAUCGGAGAGCUGCUCAGACAACAUUCCAAGGAUGCGCGCCUCAUAGUGAUGACCCUCCCGGUCCCCAAGCCCACUCUCAUGUCCCCCCUGAUGUACAUGAGCUGGCUCGAGGUGUUAUCGGCCGACUUGCCUCCGGUUUUCUUGAUCCGAGGGAAUCAGACGAGUGUGCUUACUUUCUAUUGUUAACAAGGCUCAUGUGACUCUCUGGGUUACAGUUGCUAGAUAAACUCGUUUAUACUUUUUUUGUACAAAACAUUUGACAUUCAAUAGAAAUGAUGAUAGAAUUAAAUUAUAAAUACUACAGCAUGUGUACGAGUAGGACUUGGUUGUUUCCGAGUAGGAGUUGCCGUUUUGUUCUUAAAAAAAUGGCUGUGGCACUUUUUGUUUGAACAAACAGCAAAGAGCUUAUCGAAUUUCUAAAAAUCAAUAAAUUAAAAAUAUGUCCAA